GCGACGUCACACCCACCAUGGCGGUCAAGGUGCAAUCAACCAAAAGGGCCGACCCCAAUGAACUGAAGGCUGUCUUCUUGAAGCAUGCUAGCGUUGUGGACAAGGAUGGGGAACAUUACAUGACUCCGGCUGACUUUGUGCAGAAGUUUCUGGGUCUGCACACACAAAUCCACCACAACCCCAAGACCGUGCAGCUGAUCGCCGGGGUGGCGGACACCACUAAAGACGGACUGAUCUCUUUCCAGGAGUUUCAGGCCUUUGAGUCGGUGCUUUGUGUCCCAGAUGCCUUGUUUAUAGUAGCCUUUCAGUUAUUUGACAAGACUGGCACGGGAGACAUCUCAUUUGAGAAUGUCAGAGACAUCUUUGGCCAGACCACAGUGCACCACCACAUCCCCUUCAACUGGGACUGUGAGUUCAUCCGGCUGCACUUCGGCCAUGACAGGAAGAAGCGCCUCAGUUACUUAGAGUUCACUCAGUUUCUGCAGGAGCUGCAGCUGGAGCACGCCCGCCAGGCCUUCGCGCAGAAGGACAAAGGCAAGAGCGGCGCUAUCUCCGCCUUAGACUUCAGCGACAUCAUGGCCACCAUCCGCCACCACAUGCUCACGCCCUUCGUGGAGGAGAACCUGGUCUCGGCUGCAGGGGGCAGCACCUCCCACCUGGUGAGCUUCUCCUACUUCAAUGCCUUCAACUCCCUGCUCAACAACAUGGAGCUGAUCCGCAAGAUCUACAGCACUCUGGCCGGCUCUCGCAAGGACACGCUCGUCACCAAAGAGGAGUUCAUUCACGCUGCCAAUAAGUUUGGUCAGAUCACCCCCAUGGAGAUCGACAUCCUGUACCAGCUGUCCGGGCUGCACACGCACUCAGGGCGGCUGAACCUGGCGGACAUCGAGAGGAUCGCGCCCCUGGAGGAGGGAUCCCUGCCCCACCACCUGGCCGAGAUCCAGAGACAGCAGGCGUAUGGAGAGUCAGGCCGGCCGGUUUGGCUCCAGGCCGCAGAGUCUGCCUACAGGUUCACCCUGGGCUCCAUCGCUGGAGCCACGGGGGCGACGGCGGUGUACCCCAUCGACCUGGUGAAGACCCGCAUGCAGAACCAGCGCUCCACCGGCUCCUUCGUGGGAGAGCUCAUGUAUAAGAACAGCUUCGACUGCGCCAGGAAGGUGCUGCGCUACGAGGGCCUGUUCGGGUUCUACAGAGGUCUGCUACCACAGCUCAUAGGUGUGGCUCCUGAGAAAGCUAUCAAACUGACGGUGAACGACUUCGUGAGAGACAAGUUCACCACCAAAGACGACACCAUCCCGCUGCUGGCGGAGGUGCUCGCGGGGGGAUGCGCUGGAGGCUCCCAGGUGAUCUUCACCAACCCGCUGGAGAUCGUGAAGAUCCGGCUGCAGGUGGCGGGAGAGAUCACCACAGGCCCGCGGGUCAGCGCCCUCAGCGUGGUGCGGGACCUGGGCUUCUUCGGCCUCUACAAGGGGGCGAAGGCCUGCUUCCUGCGGGACAUCCCCUUCUCGGCCAUCUACUUCCCGGUGUACGCCCACACCAAGCAGGAGCUGGCGGACGAGCAAGGCCGGCUAGGAGCGCUGCAGCUCCUGACCGCAGGGGCCAUCGCAGGUGUGCCCGCAGCCUCCCUUGUGACCCCGGCCGACGUGGUGAAGACCCGGCUGCAGGUGGCCGCCCGCGCCGGCCAAACCACGUACAGCGGCGUCAUUGACUGCUUCCGCAAGGUGGUGCGCGAGGAAGGCUUCCGGGCCCUCUGGAAGGGAGCGGGAGCUCGUGUGUUUAGGUCUUCGCCGCAGUUCGGCGUCACGUUGGUGACCUAUGAACUCUUGCAGAGAUGGUUCUACGUUGAUUUCGGAGGACACCGCCCCACAGGAUCGGAGCCCACGCCCAAAUCGCGAAUCUCCGAGCUCCCCCCCUCCAGCCCGGACCACAUAGGAGGCUACAGGCUGGCCGCCGCCACCUUCGCGGGCGUCGAGGACAAGUUCGGCCUGCACCUGCCCAAGUUCAAGUCCUCAGGGGUGGUGACCCUCCACCCAGCCACACCCAGGGAGGAGCCGCAAAGCGGAUAGACUGUCUUACAGAACCCCCCCGCACUCCGACAGACCGCAUGCACCUUGAGCCAGAUGUCCACUUAUAUUUAUAUACAUUAUUAUUUUUCUCCAUGUAAAUCUUGUCUGAAACCGAGUGCUAAAAGGAAGCUGUCGCGGCUCCGUCUCCAUGCAUCUGAACUGUUUUAUUUCGUUGUUUUUCCGCCUGAUUUUACCGGCAGCAUGAUUAGUGUUUUAUUUGCUUUGCGUAGCUUGCACAGAUGUUACUGUACAUAUUGUACAAGUUUGUACAGAGACGCGGCGCUGGAUGGGAGGUAACGACCGCACCACUCCGCUGUUCAGCCCGUCUCUGAAUCACACGGCAGCAUCAAAUGUACAGACGUUUUCAACAUUUUAUUAAA